AUGAUUUUAUUGCAAUUAUCUUACGGUGAUAACUCAGACUGGUCUUGCGAUCAUGAUUUUACACAGAUUGGUAGUUGGUGCUAUAAAUUGGUCGAUACGUCAGCGACUUUUGACACUGCAGUUAACCUCUGUAAAACGCAAUAUGGCGCAAAUUUAGCAUCAAUUCACGACGAUAAAGAAAACGUUGGUCUUCGGCAUUUGGGAGAUUCAUUUCUGAUUGGUUUGCGCUACUAUGAAGUUGCAAGUGAUCUUAAAUGGGCUGAUGAGUCGGAAAUUUAUUCACCGGGAUGGCCCAGAGAAUAUCAUCUUUCAAAUAAAACGUGUAAGUAUAAUCUUGCUGCUAAACCAAACAGCACGAUUGACGCUACGAUUCAGCUGUUUUCAUUUGGUACCACCGACGAAUGCAGAGACACGUUACAAGUGUAUGAAGGAUGGAAUUUAAUCUCGAUACCUGAUGCUCAGUUAGUCUAUCUGACUUUACUCUUCAACUUCAAGUUAUAG